GAGGGCGUGCUCCAUCCACUUGGCCGCCUUUUGCCCCCACCAUCUCCCCCUGGUCAAUCUCUCUCCUACCCCCAUCCCAUCUUGUUGUCUCUGCAUCUAAAAAAGAGGAGAAAUCGAGGAUUAGGGAGAAGGGAAGAAGCGAGGAGAAGGGGGAAAGAGAGGGGCUUCAACAAGGGGACAUAUUGGCAUCUCAGGAUUGUUGUGAUUCCUGGGGUGUUACAGGCACAAAUUCCCUCUACCCAAGAUCCCUUCCCCAGUGAUGCCGAAGCCGAACCACCAUGCUUCUGCCACCUCCGCCUCUACUGCAAGCGGCAACCCGAUGGACUCCACUGUGUCCUACCAGGGUGGGUUAGGACACAAGAGUAAAACCAAGAUCAAGAAAGGCAAGGAGAAGGGCUCAUCUACAGUACCCGCAGUGUACGAUGUCAACGCCGACAUCGAAGAGGAGUACCGCUUAUUCUUAGAGAACGUGCGUGUCCACGAGAAUGAGGACUUUGUACUGGAGUAUGACGGCAAGGUGAUUAGGUAUGGGGGAGAAGAGAUGGAUGACGAUGAUAGUUGUAUAGAGGUUUCGAUGAAGGAGAAGGAGGAGGUGUUGAAGGCUUUGGUGAUCUCUUCGGACGAUGAGUCUCCGACGAGUCUACGAAGAGUCUAUGAGAACGAUUCCUCUCGGCAAAAGGUGGAAAUGGUGGUGGAUGACCAGGAGAAGAUGAAUGAGAAGAAUGAGGUUGCCCUUCGUCUUAAAGGGAAAGGUGGUCCCAUAGAGGAUGUUGAAAAGUCACAUGGUAUUAUAUGGCCUACACAUAUAAAUGAUAGGAAAGAAUCUAAUUUCAAGAUAGGAUUGGUUGAAGCUCUCAGCAAACCAUUUUGCCAGGGAGAGUAUGAUAGGCUUUAUGGCAUGGCUAGUACUCGUGAGCCAUUAAAAAAGGAACGCCGGACACGCAGUGGUUCAAAGACUUACUACUCUUCUCAUUCGAUGGGGAAAUCAUAUUUUGAUUGCUACCCAGAUCUCGCGGAACAAGUUGAAGAAACUAGCUAUCCCAAUCGCUUGGCGCUAUUGCGCGGGCUUUUCUACUGGUUGGAGAAUGUUGGGAAAAAACACCAAUUCAUGCCAUGGAGAAAUGAGCACAAACGUUUCAAAUAUGUUAAUUUAUUAUGAGACCAUAUUACCUUGUUGCCACCUCCAUAUCAGAGUGGGAAGCUAUGGAAUCCAACGAGUUGUGGGUCGUGAACCUAGCGCCAGUUGCUUGCGCAUACCAGUUUUCUUUUGUAUUUUUAUCUUGUUUGAUUGGAGUUAUGUAAACUUUGGAUUGGUUACAUACUUACUUUUCCCAAA